UUAUAUACUCAUUGAGCUUCUUAGGAAGGCGUAAAAAGCAGAGAGAUCGAUCUUUCCGCGGCAAUUCUCUCGCAGCAAAUGGCCGGAAAAUACAGCCACUCGCCCAAUUCCCGGUCCAGAUCGCCGGUUAUCGUUUUCGUCUUCUCUCUGUUAGUCCUCUCUCUCCUAUUUUACAUCUUCUCCAUCUUCUCAUCUCCUUCUCGUCCACUUCCAGUCGAUACUUCCAGAAUAAACCCUAACCCUAUCCCUUACCCCGACGCCGAGUACUCCUUCGUCGCCUCCCUCGAGGAAUUCCUAGCUGCGAAGUCAAAUGGCCAAAGAUCUGGAGCGGUUCCGGAUGAUACUGCUGAUUCGGUGACCCUGGAGGCUGUAAAUAGGUUGGAUGAUAGGAUAUGGAAGACGGAGAUGGAGAGGCUAUAUGCAGGAGACUUACCUUCGCCUCUUAAGGUUUAUGUUUACGAAAUGCCGUCGAAGUUCACAUACGAUCUGCUUUGGUUGUUUCAGAAUACGUACAAGGAGACCUCUAACCUCACCUCUAAUGGUAGCCCCGUGCACCGCUUGAUCGAACAGCAUUCUAUUGACUAUUGGCUGUGGGCUGACUUGAUUGCAUCGGAAUCUGAAAGGCUUUUGAAAAAUGUUGUCAGAGUUCAUCAGCAGGAGGAGGCAGACCUGUUCUACAUUCCAUUUUUCACAACCAUCAGCUUCUUCUUGUUGGAGAAACAGAAAUGCAAGGCACUUUAUAGGGAAGCUUUGAAGUGGGUGACAGAUCAGCCUGCAUGGAGACGGUCUGAAGGAAGAGACCAUAUACUUCCAGUUCAUCAUCCCUGGUCUUUCAAAUCUGUUCGGCGAUAUAUGAAGAAUGCAAUUUGGCUACUACCGGACAUGGACUCCACAGGAAACUGGUACAAGCCUGGGCAAGUUUACCUUGAGAAAGACCUGAUACUUCCAUAUGUCCCGAAUGUUGAGUUGUGCAAUCUCAAAUGCUUAGCAGAAACUGAAGGAAAGAGAAGCACACUUCUAUAUUUUCGAGGGAGGCUUAAAAGAAAUGCUGGAGGAAAGAUACGUGCCAAACUUGUCGCUGAAUUGAGUGGUGUGGAGAGUGUAGUAAUAGAGGAGGGGACAGCUGGAGAGGGAGGGAAGCAAGCUGCUCAGGAUGGCAUGCGCAAGUCCGUCUUUUGCCUAAGUCCAGCUGGUGACACUCCUUCAUCUGCAAGAUUGUUUGAUGCUAUUGUUAGUGGAUGUAUACCUGUUAUAGUUAGUGAUGAACUAGAGCUUCCUUUUGAAGGAAUACUUGAUUAUCGUAAAAUAGCUCUGUUUGUUUCCUCUAGUGAUGCUGUGCAGCCUGGUUGGCUGUUAAGAUUUCUAAGAAGUGUUAGUCCUUCCCAAAUCAAAGAAAUGCAAUUGCGUCUAGCUAAGUAUUCAAGGCAUUUUUUAUACUCUCAUCCAGCUCAACCUUUGGGUCCAGAAGAUCUGAGUUGGCGAAUGAUAGCUGGGAAGUUGAUGAACGUCAAACUUCACACCCGGAGAUCACAGCGUGUGGUAAAAGAAUCUAGAAGCAUGUGCACGUGUGAAUGCAAGCGUGCCAACAUGACAAGCCCCCCAGGUUUACCAUUGUCUUGAUUGUUGAGCAAUAACAAGUGUUCUUAUUAUGCUAAAAGGCGUUUAAUGUUUGGGACGGGUUAUGUUCUCCCUCCAAGUCAAGUCACGCCAUAUGCCACAAUGAUAGGGAAGGAAUUAAUUAGCCGAUAACAUUCUUUAACAAGUGUAAUCUAUUUGGUGCUAUUUAAAAGGAAAACAAAAAAAAAUGUCGUAUCAAGCUGCAAAUUGUGUUAAAAGCUGGACUGAAGCCAGUCGAGUAUACUGAAUUUGUCUGUUGGACUGUUGUUGGCAGCUUGCAUUUCUGUUCGCUAGUUGCGUCUUUUAGGAUUGAGAAAAUUUGAUAGCUCUAA